AACAGCAGACGGUCCCUACUCAUACUCAAAGGCUAUCAUGGCGGCGGCCCUCAGCGUGAGAGGUUGAACUUUUUAUGUUUAUGAUUUGAACAGCUGGAAAUGUGUGCUAAUGCCGUUUCUACAAAAUGUACGUGCUAAUAUUUGUUAUGAUGUGGGGGGUACAAAUUGUUAUACGCUGAAGUAGCAUGGUGAUCAGUGUUUUGUUCAAGUCUUCGCUGCCAUACGUUGAAAUGAACUGUUCAACAUCAGGUAGUAGUGGGGCGCUACAGCCGGAGGAAGGUUCUGGUAGCGGCUCGGAGCUUCUCCUGCAGCCCCGGCUCCUGAGGCCGAUCAUGGGCGAAGAGGUUGAGAGCACCUUGGGCCUGAUAAGUUCGGCUAGUGAAGAGGAUGACGACAUACAGUUUGACAGCCAGGCAAAUGGACUUGGAAAAAAACAUUAUUAAGAUGAUUGCAAUGCUUAUUGAGGAAGCUUCUGACAUGGACAAUGACAGAGAGGUGCUAAUGGCUGGAAGAUCUUAUUCUUCCAUUCAAGAGUUUGCCUCCGCUAUCCCCAAUCACCUCCUUCUUGGCUCACUGUUGGAGCAUCUAUGCUUGGUCUAUGAGAAUAACCCAGCACGCUCACGGAUGCUGUUUAAAGUCAUUGGACAGCGAUUGGCAGCUAUGAAUCUCCUUUCCCCGCUGGCAAUAAGUGAUGAGUUCAGUACAGUCAGACUGCAGCACAACCGGGCCUUUACUGAGCUGCUUCAUGCUGCCAGCUCCUCUCUCUAUCCACAGGUGAUUACUCUGCAUGGUGAUGUUGUGUCUUAUGUUCAAAGCCAAAGACUAGGCACCAACACUCGUAGUUCUACUGUAAAACCGAUAGAAGGACUUUUUCAAGCACAGACUUCAAGAUAUCUCAGUGAGUUUGAAGAAAUCUGCAAACUUGGAAAAGGAUCCUAUGGGAAUGUUUUUAAGGUUUUGAAUAAACUUGAUGGACAGUAUUAUGCUGUUAAGAAGAUUCUCAUUAAAAAGGUUUCAAAAGAAGACUGUAUGAAGGUUCUUCGAGAAGUCAAGGUGCUCUCCAGUUUGCAACAUGUGAAUGUUGUAGGCUAUCACACUGCAUGGAUGGAGCAUGUUCAACCAGCAGCAUAUCCCCAGUCUUCCCUACCUGCCCUAGAGUCUCCAGAACAAUGUGAUAGUUCUGAUGAGAAUCUUAACGACAAUAGCACUGGAUCUUCCAUUGUAUUCCAAAGUCUUUCUCAAGAACUGUCUGUCGCUUUAAGUGACCAAGUGCACUCUGCAAAUGGUGCAGCUGAGCCUUUAGUUUCCUCUCCUGUAAAGAACCAAGUGCUGUGUACUAAGCCUAAGCAUCGACUCCCAGAGAACUAUGUGCCUUGUGUUUUUCUGGGCCAGCGGUCUCCCAUUAAGGACUCAAAAUGUCCAGCUAUGGGUUUGGACAGUUCUAUUGUGUUUGAAGAGGGCUCCAGCAGCAAUAAUGAAUUGAGCAACGGCUCCUGCAGUGGCAAAGAGUGCCAGCAGAGGGUGGGAAAAUGUGCAAAAACUAUUAAAGAGGUACAGUUUCACCUAAUGCUCUACAUUCAGAUGCAGCUAUGUGAGCGCUCGUUAAAAGACUGGAUUUCUGAAAGGAAUGCUGAACCAAAACUCCAGCCUUCCAUAGAAUGUCCAUAUGCGCGUGUGGAUACUGAACAUACUCUCAACAUUCUGAAGAGCAUCCUUGAUGGGGUAGAAUACAUUCACUCCAGAGGAAUCAUGCACAGGGACCUUAAGCCUAGAAACAUUUUCCUCCAUGGCCAUGACUGUCAUGUAAGAAUUGGGGACUUUGGACUGGCUUGUGGAGAUCUAAUUGUGGACGGACGUAAAAGCUCAGGUUCUCCCUGCAGUGAUGGUGCUGUUGUGUUGUUGACAUGCUCUGCAGAUUCCUCACAUACCACAGGUGUGGGCACGUUUGUGUAUGCGUCACCAGAGCAAUUGAAGGGCUCACAUUAUGAUUCAAAGUCCGACAUGUACAGUGUGGGUAUGCUGGCCUUUGAAUUAUUCCAGCCUUUUGGGACAGAAAUGGAACGAGUCCGGUGUCUUGGGGAUCUUCGAGAAGGAAAAAUCCCAGAUACUUUUUGCAACAGAUGGCCAAUCCUUGCCAAACAUAUAAUGAAACUAACUAAUCAAGACCCCAGUGUACGACCCACUGCUACAGAACUUCUGCAGAGUGAACUCUUUAGUAAUAAAGAUGAGAUGAUCCAUGGUUUGCAGAAACAAGUGGAAGAGCAAGAGAAGGAAAUUAUGCAGUUAAGAAGAAGAAUCAGUGAACUUGAAUGUUCAAAUGUUUCAUUGUCUGAAUCAAAUGAAACAUAAUGCCUUUGCUUUCACAAGAUGUGUAAUAUAGGCCUACAUCGUACGUUAUUGUUUAAUUUUAAUUGUCUUAUUGUGACAGAAGAUGGUGUGUAGAUUAAUGCAUUGGUUAUUUAUUAUUAUUCUCCAUUUACCUGAUAAUAAAGGGUAAGUAAGCAAUUUCA